AGUCCGCUGCUUUUCCCUCUUUCGGCCGCUGAGAGGCAUCACUAGGCUACCACUUACCCGUCAUCCAACCACGACGGGCCCACUGUAAUCACACCAUGUUAACAUGGGAAGGUCUGAAGUUGCUUCUGAAUGUCACAUAGCAACAAUGUGAUGGGGACACAUAUAGCCAUAUAAGUGUAGACGCGGACACACGAGCAUUGUGACUAGAAGGAAAAACAGAAGGUUGUCUACGGGAUCUUAUAACGGGCAAUAUGGAGAGGAGGAAACCCACGGGAGAAUACCACUGCAUCCCCGUGUCCAAAAUGUAGACGGCAUAUUAUGGGACGGGCGGCACGUUUAUUUCGCUAAUUGGGAAAGUUACAAAAUAUACAAUGAUUAUAAAUGGGUCUUAUCUGAACAGGUCGUCGCUGGACCCGUACGAGGAAGUGUUGAACCGCCCACGGUGGGUUACUACAACUUUGGGGUGCUUCCUGAUAUUCACUAUCGUGGUUGAUAUUUUGGGCAACCUUUUGGUGAUAUUCUCUGUCUACCGGAACAAGAAGCUAAGGAAUGCAGGCAACAUCUUUGUGGUGAGCCUGGCUGUGGCCGACCUGGUGGUGGCCAUCUACCCCUACCCUCUGGUCCUCACCUCCAUCUUCCACAAAGGCUGGAACCUGGGCUAUGUCCACUGCCAGAUCAGCGGUUUUCUCAUGGGUGUCAGCGUCAUCGGCUCCAUCUUCAACAUCACCGGCAUUGCCAUCAACCGCUACUGUUAUAUAUGUCACAGCCUUAAGUACGACAAGCUGUACAGCGACAAGAACUCAGUGUGUUACGUCCUACUCAUCUGGGCGUUGACCAUUGUGGCCAUCGUGCCGAAUCUCUUCGUGGGUUCGUUGCAGUAUGACCCUAGGGUGUAUUCGUGUACGUUCGAGCAGUCGGCGAGUUCGGCGUACACCAUCGCCGUGGUCUUCUUCCACUUCAUCCUACCGAUCAUGAUCGUCACUUACUGCUACCUGAGGAUCUGGAUCCUGGUCAUUCAGGUUAGGCGACGUGUCAAACCGGACAAUAGACCGAAACUGACGCCACACGACGUGAGGAACUUCGUGACUAUGUUCGUGGUGUUUGUGCUGUUCGCCGUGUGCUGGGCGCCGCUCAACUUCAUCGGGCUGGCGGUGGCCAUCAACCCAGAGGUGGUGGUGCCUCUCAUCCCUGAGUGGCUCUUCGUGGCGAGCUACUUCAUGGCCUACUUCAACAGCUGCCUUAAUGCCAUCGUAUACGGAGUGCUCAACCAGAACUUCCGGCGCGAGUACAAGCGCAUUGUGGUGUCGGUCUGCACGGCGCGAAUCUUCUUCCACGGCAGCUCCAACGACGCGGCCGAGCGGCUCAAGGGCAAGCCGUCGCCGCUCAUCACCAACAACAACCAGGUCAAGGUGGAGUUGGUGUGAGAGGACCAGCUGGUCCCAGUGCGCUCCCUACCCCUCCCCCAUGGCGCGAACCCAUCAAUGUCUAUACAUCUGUAAGGUGGAAGGAAGCAAUAUGGCGGAAGCUCAAGCUGCCCCAUUUCACUUCUUGUACCUAUCCAGUACACUGCAGAUCUACAAACAUUGGAGGAGUUAAGGAGCCCAGGGGAAGGGGUAGGGAGCGAUUUGGGACCGGGUGAUACUAACACACACGCAUGGACAAAGGGGGAGGGAGGCUUAAGGGAACCAACGUGACAGAAAAUAGUAAAAUUACUUUAAAAAAUACAAGUGAAAGGAAAACAAUUACCAAAUACAAAACAGUUCCACUUUCUGAACCGUCCGUGAUCUGUGCUAUCUUCACCUCUAUACAGUCAAAGCGAAACGGGGAAAAUGUAGCUUUGUCUUUUGCGAAAAGCACUUUUGUUAGUUUUUUUGGUACUUAAAAAGUGAUAAUGUACUUUUGUUUUCAUGUUUACAGUGAUGAUAACAGUGACUCUAUGUAUGACAUAUUAUAUGUUUUUAUUUUA